AGUAUUGAAUCAGAGGUUCGAACGAACGAACGAACGAUUCGCAAUGUACUUUGCCGAGGGAGGUAACACAUUGUACAGUGGUGAAGUGAAGAAGGAAUGCAAUGGCAUUUCGACGGAGCGUCGUACAGCGCGCUUAUUGAGCAGACGUUACGCUUUGACAGCUACGAGUUACAAGUAUUUGGAAAUUGGAAUUAACGUUGGUCCACCGAGUUACAUGGAGAUCGCCAUAGGAGAUCAUCAAGGACGAGAAUUGAUACUGUCUGUCGAAACGUGGAAAGGUCUCUACGAGCAACGAUGGAAUAUUUCCAAAUUAAUUCGGAAUGACUACAAGGACAAUUUUAUAAGCGUCGGACCCUUUUUCGACAGAUCCGGCUGCUGCUACAGGGUGAAGGGAUGGCGUGUGGAGGCGGGCUCCUUGGGGGAAUUGUCUGACCAUAGACUGAUCUCUAUGGAGCUCGUCUCCCGCCCCCGCGGAGGUGCGCGAGUUACGCCGCCGCAAACGUGA